AUGCUAGACAAAAAACAAAAGCUGAAUACUGAGCUACUAAGAUAUGCUGUAAGCACUGGGAUCUUUGGGAUAGGAAUGUCCCUAAAUCUUCAGUCGCCUGCUGCUAUCAUGAAUAUGCACUCUGCAAGAAUAUUUCUAAAUAUCCAGGAGAUGAGGGAGCAGUGGAUGUACUCGGGGCUAGACACGCAAAGAGCAAUUACGACAGCAGGAAGCAUAGUCUCCUCUGCUGCCAUUCUUAUUUCAGGGCACUCUCGGGUAUCGCGGGUUGCCGAAAGCACAUACUUAGCUUUGGAGGCUGUUGGUAAAGUGCAACAGUGGCUGAGAAUCCGCCGAAUCGCUAGAAGCUCUGCGCCUGCCUCAACCACGCAGAUAUCGGAGAUGUAUUCAAAGGCGACGUUUUCUACGGUAAUAGCGCUUGUUGAGCUGUUUUCGUACAUGUUUUCUAUUUGGCCCAUAUACCUCUUGGUUGCUGUCUUGAAAGGUGGACAUUUCCUGUAUAGGUCACUUUCAAGCACUUUGCAGGAAACUCUCCACGGAUACAGCACAGGAAAGAAAAAGAUACACUUUCUGAUCAAUUCAUGUUUUACAUAA